AGCCAUAGCCAAACUCGAACCCAUAUCUGAGCUAAGCUCUCAAAUGUGGACUGUGGGAAGAAAGAAAGUGGCACAUUAAUGGCACACAGCUCCACCUCCACCCUGAUAUUUUGAAGACAAAAACACCACUGCUCACUUCCCCUUUCUCACUCUCUCCUCUCCUUCCUCUCAAUCAAAUCAUCAAUCAAAUUUGCAGAAUUCGGAAUGACAUAGCAGAACCUUAGCUCCCGACAUGUUCUCGAGGAGACUGAGUCCAGUCUGCAGCUAAAGUUCAGAUUUUUUGGCCUUCUCGAGCAAGAAACUAUGAUGGGUCUCUUCCGUUGUCUGCUGUUUCUGCUUCUGUUGGUGGCAUUUCCAUGCCCUCGAACAGUUUGUGGCAAUGCCGAGCUCGAGGCUCUCAUGGAGAUCAAGUCCUCUCUGGACCCGGGCAACAAGAUACUCACUUCUUGGACCAGGGAAGGCGACUUCUGCGCCGGCUCUUUCGAGGGAGUGGCCUGCAAUGAGCACCACAAAGUGGCCAACAUUUCGUUGCAGGGGAAGGGCCUCUCCGGCUCGGUGUCACCGGCGGUGGCCGAGCUCAAGUGCCUGUCGGGUCUUUACCUCCAUUACAAUUCUUUGACGGGGGAGAUACCCAAGGAGAUCUCUAAUUUGACUGAGCUGACUGACCUUUACCUCAAUAUGAAUAAUCUCUCCGGGAGCAUACCUUCGGAAAUCGGAAAUAUGGCUAGUCUUCAAGUCCUGCAGCUAUGCUGCAAUCAACUGACCGGCAAUAUUCCUCAACGAAUGGGGUCCCUCAAGAAGCUCAGCGUCCUUGCUCUUCAGCACAACAAAUUAACCGGCGAGAUCCCCCAGAGCCUGGGGAAUUUAGCAACUUUAACAAGGCUUAUCUUAAGUUUCAAUCUGUUCACUGGUACAAUUCCUCUGCAACUUGCAAACCUUCCUCAGCUGCAGGUCCUUGAUGUGCAAAACAAUUCCCUCACAGGAUUCGUGCCAAAUGGUUUGAAGAGAUUGGACAGAGGGUUCCAAUACGAGAAUAACCGAGGAUUGUGUGGAUUUGGGUUUGCAUCCAUGAGGGUCUGCAACGAUUUUGACAGAUCAGGCAUAACUGAUCUUCCAUUCGGGGUGAACACGGAUAAGACCGUACCUGGCCCACAGACCGCGAUUCCCUUGACACAUUCGGGUCAAUCACGGGUACCGCGAAUGGCACUCAUUGCAGGUAUUCUGACGGCUGCGAUCGUGUUCAUAGUCACUGGGACCCUCACGUUCUAUCGGUUCCGCCGGGGGAAGCAGAAGAUUGGUAGUACGGUUGAUGCUUCUGAGAGCAGGCUCAGCACCGACCACUCCAAGGAUGUUUGUAGUCGAAGUGCAUCCCCACUCGUUAGCCUUGAAUACUGUAGCGGGUGGGACCCGCUUGACGACGGGAUUUACGGGAACGGGCUUGGCCUGCCUCAACAGGUCCCUCAGGGCAUCAGGUUCACAUUAGAAGAGGUUGAGUCCGCUACCCAUUACUUCUCGGAGGCUAACUUGUUGGGUCGGAGCAACUUCUCAUCCGUGUACAAGGGGGUACUCCGAGAUGGGUCCCAAGUGGCCAUCCGGAGCAUCAACGCGACGAGCUGCAAGUCUGAGGAAGCUGAUUUUGUGAACGGCCUUAACCUGUUGACCUCUCUGAGGCACGAGAACCUCAUCCAACUCAGAGGUUUCUGCUGCUCUAAGGGCAGGGGAGAAUGUUUCCUCGUGUACGAUUUCGCUUCAAAGGGGAACCUCUCUCAGUAUCUCGAAUUGGAAGACGGGAGCAGCCAAUCCCUUGAUUGGCCCACGAGGAUUUCCAUCACCAAAGGCAUCGCAAAGGGAAUUGGCUAUCUACACAGUGGCGAAGCCAACAGGCCUCCAGUGGUUCACCAGAACAUAUCGGCCGAGAAAAUCCUCCUUGAUCAGCAACUAAGCCCACUAAUUAUGGAUUCUGGACUUCCCAAACUUCUCGCCGAUGAUGUGAUCUUCUCAACCCUUAAAACCAGCGCUGCCAUGGGCUGUCUUGCACCUGAGUACAUCACAACGGGGCGUUUCACCGAGAAGAGCGAUGUCUAUGCAUUUGGAGUCAUAGUAUUCCAAAUCCUGUCGGGCAAACUGAGAUUGACCAGUUCGAUGAGAUUUGCUGCAGAGUCUUGUAAUUUCGGGGAUUUUAUCGAUCCAAAUCUUCUAGGGAAUUUCACCAAACCUGAGGCAGAAAAGCUCACCAGAAUAGCGCUUGGCUGCAUGGCUGAGGUUCCUGAGAGCAGGCCUAGCAUUCUUCAAGUGACUGAGGAACUGGAAAACUGUGGUCUGAGGGACUGAUCCAGCGUAUAUAAGUUCAACUUAUUAGUCGAAACAUCAUCGAGUUCGUGAUAUGGUAGGAUGAGUUCCAGUCGCUCGGGAUGUGAAUGUGAAUCAUUUUAUUGCAGAAACAAGAGGGUGAAAUAACAUUACUGCUGAUUCUAACCUAUGAUCGAGCCUGCUUAAUCAAAACCCAGCCUGAUUGUGAUCGAUUUGGAUCGUGGGCAUGAAGGAAAGAUCAGGUCUGGUAAAUUGCCCGUGUUCUACCUGUACAAUUGACCGUCCUGAUAAUUAGUUUUUAAAUGUCUUCUCUAGCUGCUGUCUUUGCCCGGUAAUCACGCAAUCGCUCUGUUGCCUGAAACCUAAUAAAAAAUUACUUGCCGGGCAAGAGAAUGUUUAGUAGUA